AUGAAGAAUGGAGAAUUACCACGGAGAAACGGUAACAGAUGUAGUGAUGAGCUUGACAAAAUGCUGGAAAUCCGGUCCAAAAAAGGAAAUGUGACUCAGAAAGUUGAGCUAUCAAAACAAAUGCAACUAACGAAGAGGCCAAUAACAAGGCAUGGUCGAUAUGGAGAGCCAAUUAUAGCAGCUCCAAUCAGCGAAACAUUUCCAUUAUCUCUCAAACCGAGCAUAAUAAAUACGCGUUUUCCAAAAAGUGACAUAGUGGUUGAGCGUUGGCAACGAGAAGGUGAGGAGGAAAAAGGAAGUGGUGGUGAGAUGAAAGAGGAAGAGGAAGAACAGUUUAACUCUGACAGGGGUGAUGCGAAUAAAACUCAGAGCAAAUCUGGGAAGGAAAUACUAAAAAUAGAAACGAUUAAUGACAAAUGUGGAAAUGAUGCUGUCACGAUUGCACAGGAAAUAAGAUAUCCGUCAGCGGUUAGCACAGCAGAGAGUAAAAAUCAUAUUCGGCAUUCAAUCGUCUCAAAUGGACAGAAUUCUAGUCAAUCGAUAACGACAGUAAGAUGGAAAAACUUAUCUUCUGCUGUAGUACCGAAUUCGUUGGCUAUUGAGAAGGCUGCGGAAAAACAAGUAUCUCAGGAUGACUUAUGUGAUACAUUUCGAAUGCAAUCAAUUUACACAAUUUCAAGAAACAAAAGCAGGCUGAGAAAACCAGUUGAAAAACAUUCGAGGACUACCACUCUCGGAGAAAGUUCAUCUUCUGGAAAGGAAGCAUACGAAGAAUGGUUUCGAAAAAAAUUGAUACAAGAAAGAGAGAAGCGACGAAAACAGAAAGAGAAAGAAGAGAAUGAAAGAAAGGCCAGAGAAGAGAGAAGGAAGGAAGCUGAGAGGAAUUAUGAAAUUUGGAAACAAAAAAGUGAUGAAGCAAUUCGAGAAAAAAGAAAAACCAAAAAGGAAAAAGAGGAGGCUUUAGCAAAAGAAAAGAUGGAGGAAAUGAGGAGAAAGAAGGAGGAGGCAACUCAGAUGUUUCAAGCAUGGAAAAAUGAACGAUUGCAAUGGCUUUCAAAGGAGCGAAAACAGCGCAUGCAAAAUAAAGAAAAUGAUGAACUGAAAAAAAAACAUGAAAUGGAAAUAAGAAAUAAACAGGCUCAGAAAGCAUUUAACGCAUGGUAUGAAGAAAAUAAAAUUCGAAAUGCGGAAGCGCAACGUAAGCUGUUGAAAUCCAGGAAGACGGCAGAAAUGCAAAGCAGAAAUACGAAAGAAUAUAAGGAAGCAUUAGCAAGAGAAGCUUACAAUGUUUGGCUUCAUAUAAAGGAAAAUGAACGUCUUUUCAACCAAUCAUUACAAGGCCGAAUCAUGAAAUUGGAUGAAAUAUCCCGUCGAUCACAUCUAAUUCCAUGGAUUCCACCAAGUAAUGUUAUUCCACGACAAUUCCUUUCAAGAGGUACCAGAAGGCAUCAGUCUGUAAAGCGAUCCAUCAAAUCCAAUCAGACUUACAAAAAGUUUCCAUCAGCAGUUCAUCGUUCCAAAUCAGCGCUGAGAUAA